CCACUCCUCCAAGUUUCCAAAUUCCUCUUUCCCUCUCUUUAGUACUCAAACUUGGAUUUUUCAAAGCCUUUGUUAGAAAUUUCUAAAGUGAAAGCAACACCUAUCCUUUUUCCUCUUCUUGUCAUCAUUUGCCUUGAUAUAUAUACACAAAUUAACAUGGCUGACAACCCUUCUAAUGUACAGUGUUCACCAUUAUCAUCAUCAUCACCACCACCUCCUCCACCACCACCACCAACUCAACAGUCUACUCAUCAGUGUGGAUCCAAUGAACCACAGCCAGACCCUCCACCAUCCCUACAAAUGCCUCAAGUGACAUCACCGGUCACCGGGAAGCACCCGGCAUACCGGGGAAUACGUAGCCGUAGCAGCAAAUGGGUAUCAGAGAUUCGAGAGCCUCGCAAGACCAACCGUAUUUGGCUCGGAACUUAUCCUACUCCAGAGAUGGCUGCUGUCGCAUAUGAUGUCGCCGCCUUGGCUCUACGAGGUGCUGAAGCAAUUCUCAACUUCCCUGAUGCUAUUGCCACUCGACCCGUUCCAGCUUCUAAUUCUCCUUCUGAUAUACGUGCGGCCGCGUCUGCUGCAGCUAGAGCUGCAGUUACAGCUACUGCUGCAACAGUUGUACAUAAAGAAGAGGAAAGUUAUAAUCUUGGACUUAAACUCAACAAAGACGAAGCUGAAAGCAGCGAGUUUGUGGAUGAAGAUGAGAUGUUUGAUAUGCCUCAAUUAUUAGUUAACAUGGCUGAAGGCAUGCUUAUGAGCCCUCCAAGAUUGAGCCCUCCUGGCUCUGAUGAUUCACCGGAGGUUUCCGAAGCUGAGAGCUUAUGGAGCUACCAUUGAAAUUUAUCAAUGAUUAUGAUGAUGAUGAUGAUGAUGAUGAUGAUGAUUAGUUAUUCAAGCUGAAAAAACAGGCAAAAUUAAUUUGAUCAAAAUUUUUGCAUACAAUAGGGAAUGAUAUUUCAGUUUGCUGUUAUUGUUGUUCUCAUGACAUUGAUUAGGGUUUCAUAUACGUACGUACAUCUGGUUUUAAUUUGUUAAUUGCUUUUCCAUUGAACUUCAACAUUAUACUUUCAUUUACCUUCAACUUUCUCUUUUACAAUUCACUUGCCAAAAACAAGCGUUUGCCUACCAAUCUUUUAAAGCUCUUUGUCGUUACUUUCCUGAAAUCUCUCUCUCUCUAUAUAUAUACAUAUAUAUAUAUAUAUAUUAACAUGCAGGCAUUAUUCUAUCUUCUUCUGAGUGAGUUCUGACUACAAGGGAAAACACCAUGCAGUGUGGUCUGAGAAUGGGUGAAGGACUGGUUGCUAAGAGGGAGAUGUUUUUUAUCUCUUACUUUGGAGAGAAAGUGUUGCUAUAAAACUAGGAGAAAAGAAAAACCCUAGCUAGAGCACAGUGAUGAAUAGUAAGAAAGAAGAAAGCUCUGAAAGGCCAUUGAAGGGCAGAACGAAUUGAAUUUAUUGACAAGUUGCCUGCCAAAUUCAUUGUAGUGAGUAAAAGAUAAUACUAGAUAUGUCCCCCAAAGCUAUAUAAGAUACAAAGCUUCUCAGCCUAUUCAUAUAAAUUUCUUUUGGCCUUAAGCUGAGACAAAUAUGUCAGGUUUCCAGAACUCAUGGUCAAUCUAUGCUCUGACCUUCAGCUGAUUUACUGUUCAUCUUUUGAAUAUAAA